CAUGUGAUCGCUGCAGUUUACAUCUGUGUCACUGUGACAUUUGGGUGUUCAGAUUUGGGCUUGCCUUGGAGCUUCCUUUAACCAUGGGUUUGUUACUCUGACGGGUAGCGAUCAGCUGAAAGCUGAUGUCGGUGCGCUUUCAUAGCCACAGAAAUCAGGGUAUUGAUAAAAAAGCAGCGCGGUGAGACGCAGAAAGCUGAAGUACCGCUGUGGCAGCUCGGGACCCGCCUGAAGCACUGGGUGCCGCGGGGCAGGACAGGGAUGCCCUGGAGGUUAAGGGAAGAGGAGGCGGGAGGGGGCGACGGGACCGAACGCGAUGGUUCCCCCGCCCGGGCUCUCUGCGACCCCCCCGCUCGGAGGGGCCGCGGCGGGCGGGGGCGGCGGUGCGGACACGUCAUGCGGAAAGGAGAGCCCGGCCGGCCGCGAGUGGGCUCCGCUGCGGCCCGGUGCGCUGCCGUCUGAGCAUGCUCCCGCGGGGCUCCGCCGGCCUAUAUAACGGGGCCGGGGUGCCGGCGGCAGCGGCUCUGCUGAGGCAGCGGGGGAGCGCCGCUGCACACCGCGCUCCGGUCCUCGCCGUACUGCGCCUCUCUGCACCGCUCCUCUCGGUACUGCAGCGCUCCGCACCCAACUCCGCUGCGCACCGCGCUCCGCACGCAACUCCUCACCGAACUCCGCUCCGCACGGUACCGCAGCGCUCCGCUCCGCACAGCGCUCGGCACGGAACCCCGCUCCGCACGGUACCGCAGCGCUCCGCUCGGCACGGAACCCCGCUCCGCACGGUACCGCAGCGCUCCGCUCCGCACCGCGCUCCGCUGCGCCCCGCGCGUCUCUCCGGCCAGCAGCCGUCCGCACUGCUCCGCUCGGUACCGCACCGCCCCGCGGGGCCCGUCCCUGCCCCGCCGCCGCUGCCCGCCGGAGCCUCGGCGCCCGGCACGGCCGAGGCAGCGCGCCCCGCUCCGCCGGCCCCGGCCCCCGCGGCGGGCUCUCCCGCGGCGGGAUCUCCCGCGGGCGGCAGGAUGGCCGCGAAGCCGGCCGAGGUGAUGGGCAUCUGCUCCAGCUACCAGGCGGUGAUGCCGCACUUCGUCUGCGUGGCCGAGGAGUUCCCGCCGCCCGCCCGCCCCGCCAAGACCCCCAAGGGCAAGCUGCGGCGGCCGCGGCAGUCGCGCUUCAAGACGCAGCCGGUGACUUUCGACGAGAUCCAGGAGGUGGAGGAGGAGGGGGUGUCCCCCAUGGAGGAAGAGAAGGCCAAGAAGUCCUUCCUGCAGUCGCUGGAGUGCCUGCGGCGGAGCACCCAGAACCUCUGCCUGCAGCGGGACCGCCUGGGCAGCUGCCGCCUCCGCAACAGCCUCGACUCCAGCGACUCGGACUCGGCGCUCUGAGCGCGGCGGGCCCGGUAGCGGGGCACGGACUGAGCUGAGGGAGCCGCGCCGCCGGCACGGGAGCGCCCGGACGGGCAGCCGGGUCGGGAUGUUUUCUAAGAAAGCGCUUGUACCUUCGUUUCUAUUUGAUUGUAUGAAACUC